CAUGAAAUGUCUGAAAUGAUACCACUAAACAGCUUUACAACACUUUCCUCAAUAAAUAUGCACAUAAUGUCCUUUCUAGAAUCUCUGUGCUUAUGAUGACAUACUCAGUGUUAAGAGUAAGAGCAGGGCAAAAGCUUCAUGGGAGGAGCCUGUUCUUGCCCAUAAACUUUGUCUUUCUGUCUUCUGAACAAUCAGACUUUCCUGCUUCUCAUCUCAGCCAGAGACAGAACAUCUUAGAAAUAUGCUUGAUACCUGGAUUUUAUUGUUUCCCCUCCUGUUAGGGGCAAGGGCAUUCAUGAUCCACAACAGCCAGCACAGUCUGUGUGUGGAAGACUCAGCAGCUACAGGUGUAGUCCUGCUGAAGAAGUGCCACCUGGACUCAGAGUCUCAGCAGUGGAUCUGGAUUGAUCAGGGCAUGCUGAAGUGUGUUGCAUCAUCCAGAUGUUUGUCAGCCAUGCAGACAGAGCCUCUUCGGACCCAGGCUUGCCAGGGGCCAAACGUGGAUGCUGCAAGGUUGAUGUGGGAUUGUGACAGGGACAGACUGAUCAGUAGGAACACAUCAAUGCUGCUGUCAAUAGAUGGCCGACAUCUGAUUCUCACACAUGACAGCAAACACUUUAAGUGGAGAUCUCUGGAUAAGGGGGACAUCUGCCAGGAAAAACUCAGAUCCAGGAGGGCCUCUGAUGAUUCAGAAGAGUUUGAGGAGCAGAUGGGCAACCUGGCAGCCAUGACGGAGGAACAGAGAGAAUACCUUCGCUGGUACUAUCGCACAGAGGACCCGACCACAUGGAAGUUCGUGCUGCUCGGACUGGCCUUUGUCUGCCUUCUUGUUGGCUUUCUGCUAUUGGGAAUGGGAGCCAUGGCCAACAAGAGCAGAAAGAAGAUUGCAAAGUACAAGGCAGCAGCUGCCAUGGCUCAGAAGAGUGAAGGCGAGGAACUACUGAUCAUUUCAGUCAGAGAUGACAGUAGCAGCAAACCAUCACUUGACAACCUUCAGCAGGGAAACAAACCUUCCAAUGGGGAGGUGAGUGAGCUCACGGCAGGAAACAUAGUGGUCACAUGGAAAGAUGGCAAUACUUCCUGCCUAUACUCGGAUACUGCAGCAGUGGAGGAGAAACAGGAGGAGGCAGCUGCUGAGCCUGAGGCUGAUGAAGCAGUGAAGACGAUGAAGUGAAGAGUUCUGAUAACUAACUAACUAACUAACUAACUAGUAACUAACUAACUCUACGCAAGAAAGCUAAUAUGUGUAUUUACCACAGUGUCCUUUAUAUGAAGCCAGUAGACAAUAAGCUUAUCGUAGCAAUUAGCUUCAUCCUGGAAGCAGGGGGAGCGACUCUAUUGAAAAACACCACCAAUAGCUGUAAAGCUCACCAAUGAACACAAUGCAUCUUGUUUGUUUAAUCUGUACACAAAAAUAAACAACACAUUCUCACA